AUGGAAAUAUGCAAGAAAGAGAAGGAGGGCCCUCCGAUGAUAUACGAGGAGAAAAAAGGAGGCCGAAGGGGUGCGGCUGGGAGCAGCAACGACCCCGGCGGUAGCGGCGCUCUUACCCGUCUCAUCAACGACCUCGUGUUUGAUGGUUUCAGUCUUAUUGUACGCGAAAUUUGUGGCGUAAUAUUUCUGUUGUUCUCUCAGGCUCCUAUGACCGCCAAUCCACGCGUAUUGUUUUUCUCGACACCAGAGGCCGAAGUAAUGACGACUUCAUCUGCGUCAUUAGAUCCUCUGGGAACUCGCACCGGAAUACCCGACGUCUAA